GUCAUUGUCAACAAAACAAAGAUAAUGACAGCUGAUUGAUUUCUUGAUGAGAGCAUCAGCGUAAAUAUUUAUUUUAAAUCAUUGUAAACAAACAGAAGGAGUAUCGUUUCACGUUUUAAAUAAUUUCUGUGCAUCCAUUUUACAACUAUAUAAUGUUAGUAUAGUUAAAGAUGUCAGUGACAUUUAUUAUUUUUCAAAUCAGUGUUGUUUCUUUGAGUUAUUCUUUUGGAGAAGAAAUCAAUUUGUACGGCGAUGCUGGUGAAGCUUACGCUAUAGAAAUGAAUAUAGGCCAUCCACACCAAAAGUUCAAAUUACUAGUUGACACAGGAAGUACAACACUAGCCUUAGCUUCCUAUGCUCGGGAAGACAGUAACAUAUAUUUCCAUGCGGAUAAUUCAAGCAGUCUCUUUAAUAGUGGAACAACUAUAGAAGCAGCAUAUACUCAGGGUACAUGGACGGGCCUCCUUGCUUCAGACUUCAUACAAUUUCCGUCACUAAGUAUCCCAGAAGUGCGUUCAGACUUUGCACUCAUAACAAAGAGCCAUGAGUUUUUCACCAAGGCAUCAGUUUGGCAGGGUCUUUUAGGCCUCGCCUAUAAUCCAGUAGGCGCUUGGGGCAAGUCAGGCGCCGUCGAGUCCUGGCUAGAUGCACUGGAUCGACAUUUGAAUAAACCAAUGUCAUUCCAAUUGAAACUCUGUGGACCAAUCAGCACAUCCAACACUACACAUUAUGGAUACUUUAAAGUUAUUGACAACCAAACACCGCAAUCAAAUCACAAUAAAACAUUUCGAACACCAGUACUAAGGAAGCGAUGGUACGAAGUAGGCGUUAUAGGUGUCAGAGUCUUAAGUUCAUUGACCUCAGAGGCUAAGAACAAAACAGUGGGUGAAAUAAGAGAACCUGAUAAAGAUAUGUGCGUUAAAUUGAAUACUGUCAAGAGUAUUGUUGAUAGUGGUACUACACAGAUCAAAUUGCCUGAUAAAUUGUUUAGAGAGGUUGUUGAUGAGCUGAAAAAUGAAUUUAGAAAAUCUCAAGUCCUUAUUUUAGACGAAUUUUGGAAUCGGAGAGAGGCUGCAUGCUGGUUAGAGCCUCAAGUGUGGACUUUACCGUGGCUAGCAAUAGAUCUGCUAAGUGCUGAUGCUGAUAAUCAGUACUUCACUUUGGAAAUACCCCCUCAGAACUACAUGUUAGUAGUUGGCGUCCACAACAGCAGUGACACAUCGGGUACAGUAUCCACGUAUUGCUACAAGCUGGGACUUGAGACUGGAUAUACGGAGACUGUGCUAGGAUACACCGCUAUGGAAGGGUUGCAGGUUACCUUCAACAGGUCAGCUGGUUGGAUUGGCUUCCAAACAUCUGACUGUGGAGCCAAUGCUCGCAUUACAGGUCCCUACAAUACUUCAACUUCUUUAAAAACAACUUGUGAGCUUAUAAAGCCAGUUGCAGAAGUAGCGACAUCUAUACAAGCUGCCCAGUGGGCCUUAUGCGGUAUCUCCAUAAUAGCCGCCAGCGUACUUUUAUAUUUACUAGGACCAUGUAUUAAAAACUUAUUCUUGAGAAAAAUGCCGCGGUCACAACAGAUCUCCCUCUCUCAGGCAGCCUUAGUUGAAGAGGAUUCACCUGAGGGAGAGCCCUGCUUCGGCUCGACGGGAGUUAUACCACGACCUUACAGAAAACUGGCGUGGAACAUCGAUAGCUUUGCGUUUUUCCGUGUAAUUGAGUUUACCUGAGGCUCAAUCCUUCCCCUCCCAAAUCUCAAAAUCUCCAAACCUCUAAUCCCCAAAAAGUCCGGCACCGCACUUGUAACUCCAGCGGUGUUGGUGGAUUGCUUACCAUCAGGUAAUCAGUGAGCUCGUUUGCCGACUUACCCCAUAAAAAUUGAUUUGUUGAUAUGGUUAUUUUCUGGUAUUAAGUAUUAAGUAAAAAAUAUCACAAAACAAUGUUGUUUUCGAUAUUUCAAUAAAACUAGUGAAUUCAACUUAUUGGAAUUACCAGGUUGUAUGUUCUUUAAUAAGUAAAAGUAUUGUUUGAGGAUACGGAUGUAGAUAUAUAUACAAUCGAAUUAAUAUAACUGACCUUCUAAAACUAAGUCAUAUAUGCACAAUGUGAAAAAUUAAAGGGUAAAAAAGGUUAAAGGUCACAUAGUCAUAUAGAACAAAAUAUUUGUACAAUCAAAUAUUUGUUCUUAUAGAGUUAUUAAAUUGUGAGAAAAUUCAAAACCUCCGUCACAAAAAUUUUUGAAUUGUAGUGUGAUUGUGAUAGUCCAUAAAUACUCAUUUCGGGGCAUUGCGGUAAAAUUAUGAUGUAGUUACGUACUCUAAAAGAGUAGUGUUUUAUUUUUAAAGUCUGAGUAGUAAGAUAGUUUUAGAUUUAUCUAUACUUACGAUAUUUUUAAUAUCACUUUUAAAAAUUACACUUCUCUAUAUUUAUUGUGUAUGGCAACAUCUUGAUUUACGAAAAUGUAGCAGUAACAUAGAUUAUAUUCUUAAAACUUCAUAUUUAUUAUUUUACAUCAAGUAUUUUCUGACCAGUAAAUUGCUUGUAGAGUUGGGGUCACUAUCAAUAUUCUUUUCCGAUAUUAUAAAUAAAAAUACAUAUCAAUGUU